AUGGCCAACUCAAGUGUUCUGGGUCAUCCUCUAUUUCGUAAUUUAAAGAAAUUGAAAAGAAUUGAAGAGAAAGAUCGGAUUAGUGAAUUGUCAGAUGAACUCCUGUCAAAUAUUGUGGCAAGAUUAACAUUGAAGGAAGCAAUAGCAACUAGCAUCCUUUCAAAGAGAUGGACUAAUGUUUGGGUAUCAUACCCUUUUCUUGACUUUGGUUUUCUUCAGAUAAAUUAUUACCCUGAAGUACUUGUACAUAGAGUCAACAACGUUUUAGAGAAAUUUGAUGGUGGAAAGUUAGAUAAAUUCAGGAUUGUGCACCCAAUGUCUGAGAGAUUUAAGUCUCAUAUCGAUGAAUGGAUUGCCUUUGCAACUCGAAAUCGUGUUUCUGAGCUUGAACUCAACUUUGGGAGUUGGCGUAGACAUGAAGGUUUUAACAAUUAUUAUGUUCCUCUCCAUGUGUUUGCUCGAGAGGAUAUGAUGAUAUCAAAUCGUUCCUCUCCCAAUGUUAGAAGCUUUGUGUCUUUAACAGAUCUCCGUCUUACGGCUGUAAACCUUUCAGACCCAAGUAUUUGA